AUGCGUUCCGUCGUCAGCAAGCGGUGGCCGACAAGGCCCUUUUCCCUAAAUAUCUUGGGAAGCGAAGAGGACAGGGUUGAAACUCGUUCGGUAAGAUUCUCCCGAAGCCAGGAGCAAGGAUUCCGGAAAGUGGAGCCGGCUCAGGAUCCAAAGACGUUCAAAUCCAGUUCCAAUCUGGAUAUAAAAGUGAAAAAAGAGCUGCUCCGCGAAGCUGGGCGUUCAGUCUUCUUAUGGUACUAUACUAGAAAGAAAAUAGAAGAAAAGGCCUUCAAAAAAGAGCGAGAGAGUGAUGGGCAACCUUACCUUAGUCUAUAUGUUGCUCGUGAGCCGUCAAGUACCAGUCUCGCAACAUCGGACUCAAUCACUCUUUUUGGAGGAUCAUUCGUUCUUCACUCUCUUGCUAUUACCCGCAGGGAGCGCAGCAAGUGGCUGGCAAAGGCCAACCGAGAGGGGAGAACGAAUGGCUCAGAAAUCGACUGUUUCCGAGCGGACUUGUGGAGCUGCUGCUUGGAUUAUCUUAGAAUAAGAGGAGCCGUCUUAGGAAAUGACUGA